UUCCUUGGCCACCAUUUAAAGUUGCACAAUCUUUCUCUAGAAACUAAGCUCAUCCAAAUCUUCUUGUCCACCAACCAUCCCCCUCCUCACCUUAUCCAUUCAUCUUUUAUCGCAUGCCAAUACAAAGUCACUCAUUUGAUUUUCCCAUCAUCUUUGUACUUGCAGAAGCCUGAAAAAAUUCAAGCACCACCGCAGAAAAGGAAAAAAGAAGUUUUCCACAAUGGCAACAGCCUCAGCUACUGUGUCUCCAGCAAUGUUCACCACAACCACAGUGGCAAAGCCAAGGAGGGCAGCAAACAAUGUGAAUUACAUAACAGGGCUCAAUUCAUUUUCUGGGCUGAAAGCUCACAGCAGUGUGGCCUCUCUUGGCCUUCCACAGGGCACUGAGCAGUCCUUUGCAAAGAUUGUGAGCUCCUUGAGAGCCCCUUCACAGGGCAAAGGCAGAGGUGGAGGAGGGGCACUCUCCUCUACCUGCGAUGCUGUUGGGGAGAUUUUCAAGAUUGCAGCAAUCCUGAAUGGGCUUACUCUUAUUGGAGUUGCAGUAGGGUUUGUUCUUCUUCGAAUCGAAGCGUCCGUGGAGGAGGCAGCUGAGUCUGAGUAAGAAUUAUGUGAUGGUUGGUUCUGUGUUUUGCUAAAUAUUUACAUUGUAUCUCUCUUUAAAUACUUCAUUUGAUGUAUGUAGCAAUGAUUUAUAUAUUUUCAUUUUCUGGUGCAUUGAGUUGGGUAUCUAAUCUAAGUUCAAGAAAUAGGAUCUGGACCAAGUUUUUUCAUUCUUGUA